AUGGCAAUUACCAUAGUGGCUCCAGCUCCAGCAGUGCAGCCAGAGGAGUCCCGGCAUGAGGAUGAUUCUGAAAACGGCGGGGUGGAUUUAGAAGGAGAUGUUGAUAUGCGGGCUGCUACACACGCACAACGUUCCGCCAAAGACAUUGUCACUCCUGGUGAAACUAUCACAGAUGAUCCGCAAUGGAUGAGAGGUCACGGCACAUACAUCGCACCUGCUCGCACCGAAAUAAUAGCCACGGUAGCUGGUACUAUUCAAAAGACAAAUAAACUGCUCUCGGUUCGGCCUCUCCGGGCUCGUUAUACCCCCGAGAUUGGUGAUCUUGUCGUGGGCCGCAUCAUCGAAGUACAACCUAAGCGCUGGCGAGUUGAUGUUGGAGCUCCUGUCCUUGCAAAUCUGCCUCUCUCUGCCAUCAACUUGCCAGGUGGAAUUCUGCGCAAGAGGACAGAGACGGAUGAAUUGCAGAUCAGGACAUUCUUUAGUGAAGGCGAUUUGCUGGUUGCUGAGGUCCAGGCUUUACAUCAGGAUGGCAGUGCAAGUCUUCAUACCAGGAGUUUGAAGUAUGGAAAGCUUAGAAAUGGGAUGUUUAUGAGCGUCAGUGGAACUGGAGGUGGUGGUGGCGUAGUUAGGGCUAGGAGACAGACCUGGACGAUUGACACGGUGCACGGAGGAGGGAAGGUUGAUGUGGUUCUAGGUGUCAAUGGGUACAUUUGGAUCAGCAAACAUGUCGAAGUUGCCGAUAAUGAUACAUCAAUUACCCGAAUCGAGGAGAGCGUUAGCAAUAUGGCCUACUCGAGCCAGAACGACGAAAUCCCACCUGAGACAAGGAGAGAAAUAUCCAGGGUUCGGGGAGUGAUAACGCUAUUAGUGGAAGAAGGGCUUCCUGUUGAUGAAGAUUUAGUUAUGAAAGUCUACGAGGCCGCCGUUAUGGUUGAUGCCGAGGAUGAAGGGGAAAGUAGCCCAUAUCUGGGGAAAGAGAAGCGCGAGAGGGUCUUAAGUCUAUUGAGCGGCCCGUGA